GGAUAUCCAAACCUCUUUGCGCACCUCAUAGAUUUUCUUUCUCUAUUUUCGCAAUGGCCCCCAACGCUAAGUCUGCAAAAGCCGCGAAGGCUGCUAAGGUUACGCAUAAGUUCGUAAUCGAUGCUUCCCGCCCGGCCGGCGACAAAAUUUUCGACGUCAGCCAAUUCGAGAAAUUCCUCCACGACAAGAUCAAGGUUGACGGCCGCGUUGGUAACCUCGGAGACGUCAUUCAAAUAUCGCAGGAGGGAGAUGGGAAAAUUGUUGUGCUUGCGCAUACUCAGUUUUCUGGGAGGUAUCUUAAGUAUUUAACCAAGAAGUACCUUAAAAAGCACCAGCUCCGGGACUGGCUUCGUGUGGUUUCCACUUCUCGCGGUGUUUACGAACUUAAGUUCUACAACGUUGUUGAUGAUGGCGCAGAAGAGGAUGAUGACUAGGUUUUGAGGGGAUGAUGAGAUAGAAGUUUUUUCUGCUUGAGAGGGAAGGGCAUGUAUUAUAUUAAUGACAUACCUUGAAUUCCGUU